UUGAUCCUUGAUGACUGGUCUCUUAUGCCUUUUUAUUUUUAUUUAUUUACUUCAGAGGAAGGAAAGGAGAAGAUGGAGGUCUCAUUUGCUAGUUCACUCCCCGAAUGUCCACAAGGAUCCCACAGAAGGGGCCAAAUCUGAGAGCAGAAAACAAUCCAGGAGUCACACAGGAGUUACAAGAGCUCAAUUACCUGAACCCUCACCCUGCCCCCCAUUGUGUGCCUUAGGAGGAAGCUGAGCCUGGGGAGGAGCCAGGUGUCAGCCCCAGCCACUCUGAUAUGGGUUGCAGGCACUAUAAGGAAACAUCUGCCCUCUCUUGUAGGGUUUAAUGGAAAAAAUUAAUCAAGAACAUGGAAAAUGUGGCAUUCCUACCACUUAUGGAAAUCACACAUAGAUGCAUGAUUAUUGAACUAUUAUUCCAACUGUUAUGAUUGUUGCAUUUAAGAGUAGAGCAGAGUAACUCAGAUUCAUCUGAGUUGACAUAAUCUGACUAGAGCAGGUGUCGGGCAGUAGGACGGGUGAAAUCAGCUCUGUGUACUAAAUCAGAUUUUGCGUCUAGCUUUUCAAGCUCUGAUUGGCAACAAAGGCAACGAUGAUGGAUUUUGUAAAUUCCACAUUGAAAGAAAGAAAAGAAGGGACCAUUAUGAAGGGACUGGGUUUUGUCAAUGCAUCAGAUUCAAGUUAGAAGUCAUCACAUUUCCUAAACUCCCGUUAGUUGUUUACCCUUGUUUCUGCCUCUGCCUUGCAGGGAUUCCCCUCACAUGGAACCAGGAAACCACACCAGGAUUCCUGUAUUUCUCCUCCUGGGACUCUCAGAGCAGCCAGAGAUACAGCCUUGUCUUUUUGGGAUGUUCCUAUCUCUCUACCUGGUGACAGUCGCUGGGAACCUGCUCAUCAUCCUGGCCAUCCUCUCAGACCCCCACCUCCACACGCCCAUGUACUUCUUCCUCUCCAACCUGUCUUUCUCUGACAUAUGCUUCACCUCUACCACCGUCCCCAAGAUGCUGGUGAACAUCCAGACACAGAGCAAAGCCAUCAGCUAUGUGGGCUGCAUCACCCAGAUGUUCUUCUUCACAGUUUUUGGACUCUUGGACAACCUCCUUCUGAUGGUGAUGGCUUACGACCGCUUCGUGGCCAUCUGUCACCCCCUGCGCUACACAGACAUCAUGAACCCCAGGCUCUGCACUCAGCUCCUUCUCCUGACCUGGCUCAUCAGUGUGCUGGGGGCCCUACCCGAGAGUCUCUCUACAUUGCAGCUCUCUUUCUGUGCCAUUGUCGAAAUCCCGCACUAUUUCUGUGAACUUCCUGAGGUGCUCAAACUUGCCUGCUCUGACACCUUCAUCAACAACAUCAUCUUGUACCUUGUCACGGGGAUCAUGGGCUUUUUCCCUCUGGUGGGAAUCCUUUUCUCUUACUCUCAGAUCGUGGCUUCUGUCUUGAGGAUCUCCACCACAGGAGGGAAGCGUAAGGUGUUCUCCACCUGUGGGUCUCACCUCUCCGUUGUCUCCUUGUUUUAUGGGACCUGCCUGGGGGUCUACCUCAGUUCCACCUGGUCACGAGCAUCUUGGGCAGGGGUGUUUGCCUCGGUUCUGUACACAGUGAUCACCCCCAUGCUGAACCCCUUCAUCUACAGCCUGAGGAACAGGGACAUGAAGGGAGCCCUGAGGAAGCUUCUACACAGCCGCUUGUCACAGUGACAGCAACGGUGGCCCUGUGCCAGGACGAGUGCAUUCUAGAGUGAGGGCACAGAGCACUUCCUACAGUGGACCCUGAGGCUUUGCUGUCUGGGUUCCAAUGGGGGUGCUUUACUUAUGGAAAUUUGUAGAUGUUCUUUUAUAAAAUAUGGUUUCCAGUCUUCUGCCCACUUCCUAUUCUGUUUCUUCAUUUUGAUUUGUAGAAGGAAUGGAAUUCUUUGUCAGGAAUCUGGCAUUUGGUCCAACAGUUGAGAUACCUGCAUCCCACAUGGGAGUUUGAAUUUGCCUGGGUUUGAGUCCCAGUUCUGCUUCCUGUUCUGUUAGUGCACAGUCUGGGAAGCAGCAAUGAUGGUGCAAAUACUUGGGUCCCUUCCACCCACAUGGGAGACUCAGAUUGAGCUCCUGG